CCCUUUUUUGAAUAGAAGUGAAGCCACUUCCGGGUCCUAUGCGGGUCUCCACAGUUUCUUUCCGGGUGAUGAAGGCGGUGCCCCGGAUGUAAUACCGGCGAAAGCAUCUUUCCUUUUCUUCCCCGCCUGACCCUGGGUUCCUAGCUGGAGGAAAUCCACAGCCAAUCAUGCCAAAGAGGAAAGUGACUUUUCAGGGUGUUGGAGAUGAGGAUGAUGAAGAUGAAAUCAGUGUGCCCAAAAAGAAGCUGGUGGACCCUGCGGCGGCAGCAGGUGGUCCCGGGAGCCGCUUCAAAGGCAAGCACUCUUUAGACAGUGAUGAAGAGGAUGAUGAUGAUGAGGGGUCCAGCAAAUAUGAUAUUCUGGCCUCAGAGGAUGUAGAAGGCCAGGAAGCAGCUACUCUGCCUAGUGAGGGCGGUGUAAGGAUCACACCCUUCAACCUGCAGGAAGAGAUGGAGGAAGGCCACUUUGAUGCAGACGGCAACUACUUCCUGAACCAGGAUGCCCAGAUCCGAGACAGCUGGCUGGACAACAUUGACUGGGUGAGGAUCAAGGAACGGCCCCCUGAUAAGCACCAGGUUUCAGACUCGGAGGAGGAAGACAGCCUGGGUCAGACUCCAAUGAGCGCCCAAGCACUCCUGGAGGGACUUUUGGAGUUGUUGUUGCCAAGAGAGACAGUGGCUGGGGCCCUUAGGCGGCUGGGGGCCCGAGGAGGAGGCAAAGGGAGCAACAGCAAGGGGACCGGACGGCCCAAUUCCCCUCAGCGGCUAGACCGGCUGUCUGGGUUAGCUGACCAAAUGGUGGCUCGAGGCAACCUUGGUGUGUACCAGGAAACAAGGGAACGGUUGGCUAUGCGACUGAAGGGUUUGGGGUGUCGGACCCAGGGAUCCCAUGACCCCACACCUCCACCCUCCCUGGACAUGUUUGCUGAGGAAGUAGCAGAGGGUGAACUGGAAACCCCAACCCCUACCCAAAGAGAGGAGGCAGAGUCAGCAGGAGAUGGCCUGAUGGAUGUGAUGUGGGAGUAUAAGUGGGAGAACACGGGGGACGCCGAGCUGUACGGACCCUUCACCAGUGCCCAGAUGCAGACAUGGGUGAGUGAAGGUUACUUCCCGGACGGUGUUUAUUGUCGGAAGCUGGACCCUCCGGGCGGCCAGUUCUACAACUCCAAGCGCAUUGAUUUUGAGCUGUACACGUGAGCCCGCUAAGGGCCCCAUGCGGCACGGCAGCCCCUUCUUUCUUGAACUUGGCAGAGGAAGCCCCAGCUGCCCUGGACAGUGAGGAUGUUGGAGGCCACUUUAAAGCCAUUGUUUCCCAAUAAAAGCCUUGACUGUGCUAUGGCCAAGAGCCAGGGCUGCUCCAUAGCUCCUUUUGGCUUCACCUGGUAGGUCCCUGAGCGUUUCCUCCUGAGAGACUUCCUCACUUCUCUCUGGUGUCUUGGACCACCUCAGUUUUUUCUCCCACCCUUGGAGGCAGAGGUAGGGCCCAUCAGAUGUCCUGUGACUUUCCUACUUAGACAACUUUUACUUGCUGUGUAAAAUUCCCUCCAUCACUCUCUUCUCCAGUCUCCCUUGCAAGUCCCUGUUCUGCUGAUCUUUGACUUUUAGGACCUCAAAUGCUCUGUCCUGGCAGCUCCCUUGUAGCUGGGACAUUGGGAAGACCUUGAAAUCCUAUUGAGAGAUUCUCUUAAACAUGUAUUCUCUUCUUCCCUAGUCUUGAUUUUUUUUCCACCCCUCGCCCCCCUGCAGUAGCCUCUGUAGCUCUUAGGUGAAGUAUAUAUAAACUUGGUAGCACUUCAAGGUUGCUUGAGCCACCAUGUGACACAGAGAGGGGCAAAGUGCAGUGGCUUAUUGGAGAUGUCACAGUAAUAGAGAACUGGCCCAUGGAGCUAAGUCCUCUGACCGUUUUUGGCAUAAAGUUUUUUCUUGCUUGGCCUUUCAGGCAUUGUAGUGUACGUUUCCUGGGCUCCCACAUCCCGGGCAUGGGGCUGGUGCCUCGAGGAAACAGCGGGUCUGGCCCUUCCAGGAAUCUGGAGUGCAGUGGAGGGCUGUGGGAGGCAGGCAGGGCCUACGUUUUCACCCCACCAUGCUUCUCUGCUCACCUCAUCUGUCUCCAGGAGGUACCCCAGAAGCUACAGGCUGAGAACUUGGGAAGUAGUUCCUAGGCUCAGUAGUUCCUAGGCUUGGUGGCGGGUAUUUGAUGCAUAGACCUCCAACACAUCUAACAAUUAGAUUGGUUCCUGCCAGCCUAGACUGCAGUUGCCUUGACUUCAAGAGGCCCAUUAAUAGUAGUACAUCUGAUGCAGUGCGUCACUGAGACAGCAGAAACCCUCCAGGCCUUGGUAAGGUGUUACUGUUACAGAGGAACUGGCUUUCUGAGGCGCCUGGCGUCUUGGGAUGAGUGAAAUCUGGUCAGGUGGUCUGAGUGUUCCCAGGUGUUGGGGGAUAGACACCCAGGUGUCACUCAGUUCCCUCACACUCGGCUCAUCUAAAGCGAGUUCUCCCCUUCUCUGAUAACACCAAGGAGGGGGCAGAAUAGUGAUCCCUGAAGAUACCCACAUCCUGAGCUGAGUUAUGUGGCAGAGGGAAAGGGUGACGUGACAUUGAGGUUUUGUUUUGUUUUAAUUUUUUUGAGAUGGGGUGGGGGGUGUCCUCACUAUGUAGCCCUGGCUGGCCUGAAACUCACAAGAGAUCUGCCUCCCAAGUGUUGAGACUAAAGUCAUGCACCAUGACACUGAACAAAAUUGAGAAAUUUCAGGACUGGGAGAUUGAUUGCCUUUGAUUAUUUGGGCCAUUGUAGUCAUGGGGUCCUUGCCGACCCCGAAUGAGAGCAGAGGACUCUGAAAGCUGGAAGUGAGGCCUAUGUGUCAGGGUGCAGGUGGCCUGGAGAGACGGGAAAAGCAGAAGACAGAUUCUUCCCAGACGGGUGCAGCCCCACAGUGAUAGCCCAGUUAACCCACUUUGUACUUGUACCCUCUAGAAUGGUAAGAUAAUAAAUAUGUGUCAAGCUGCUUA